GUGAAAAACCCAAAGGAAAGAAGAAGCUCCGCGACCUCCCUACACCGCUUCUUCACCUUCUUCUUCUUUGGCCAAAAAUGGUGUGGUCUCGUCUCCUCCCAAAACCCUCCCAUAUCCGUCUCCUCUCUAGAUCCCUGAUAACUCCACGACCUCAUAACUCCACCUCCUCCACUUUCCUCCUACUCAGCAGACCCUUUUCUACUAACGACGACGACGACAACAACAACAACAACAAAAGAGACCAGCCAGGCUACAACAUCUGGCAACUUUCCGGAGAAAAUGAAGGAAAUUUCGAUUCCUUCUUCCCCCAAGAAUCGGACACUGGCGUUCCUGGCAUCACCGAUUCACCUGUGACCGCCAAGGGGGAGGAUGAAGAGUCGUGGCUAAAAGAAGAUGAAAAUGGUGACGACGGAGGUCGAUAUAUAUUUGAUCGACUCGAGAAAGAUGUGAUUAAUGAAAGGAGCGUUAGUGAUAUUGGUGGUGGUGGUGGUGAAUGGCGGACUUCAUCGUUGGGGGUGAAGCAGUGGAGUUUUGAGGAGGAGGAGAAGGAGGAUAAGGUGUUUGAUUUUGGAGAGGGUGUGGUACGGAGUGGUGAAGGUAAUAUUAAUUGGGGCGAGAAUGUUCCAAGUGAGAGAAGUGCUGAAGAGGAGAAGAUGCUUGAGAAAGAAAAGGAGGAACUCAAUGCCGUUCUCAAAGGUCCAAAUCGUGCUUUUGGUGACCUUAUUGCAGCAUCUGGAAUAACAGAUGCAAUGUUGGACAGUUUAAUUGCCCUCAAGGAUUUUGACGGGGUUGAAGGAUUGCCUCCUUUAAGUGAGUUAGAGGAUAUGCGUUAUGAAAAGAACAUAAUGAAAUCCCCAAGAGCUGAAAUAGAGCGCCAGAAACAGGAAGAAAUUGCUAGAGCUAGAGUGAGACAGGUUGAUGAUAAAGGAAGAGCUUAUGGAACAGGAAGAAGGAAGUGUAGCAUUGCUCGUGUUUGGGUUCAACCUGGUGAUGGAAAAUUCAUUGUUAAUGACAAACAAUUUGAUGUCUAUUUCCCAAUGCUUGAUCAUCGUGCUGCCCUUUUGCGACCUUUCUCUGAGACAAAGACCUUAGGUCUUUGGGAUGUUACAUGUACUGUCAAAGGCGGUGGUGUUUCAGGUCAAGUUGGAGCCAUUCAGUUGGGGAUCAGCAGGGCCAUGCAAAACUGGGAACCAGACUUGCGUCCCACACUCAGAAGUGGCGGUUUCUUGACGAGAGAUCCACGUGUGGUUGAAAGGAAAAAACCAGGAAAGGCAAAAGCAAGAAAGAGCUUCCAAUGGGUCAAACGUUAAUCAAAGUACACAAGUUCUGCUCUUUUGUACGACUGCUUGUCCAUGAAACCUCAAUAUUCAAAUUUACAUGAUGACACAAUAGUGUGAGGUUCAUUUGGCUGACAGUGAAAUUUCACAUGGUGGUAGCUUGUAAUCCAUAUUUACAUCACCAGUCUUUGGAGAGCCUGAGAAGAUUUUCUUAUGUUUUCCUAUUCUUUUGUCCUUGAUGAUAUGAAAUGCAACCAUUUCAGAUUU